AUGAGAACCAUUCUGAGAAAAUUAUGCUUUGUUUUAUUCAUUAUUUUUGCAGUAACGAUUGUGGUUGAAGGGCGUCAUCUGAACUCCAGAACUUUACAUAACGAAUUGGUUUCAGAUGGAGUUCAUGAUGAUGAAAAUGAACUUCAACACAACAAAACUUACUUACUUUUUAAAGGCAUUGAAUUUGAACCAAAUUCUCAAGAAAAGUGCAAGCAAAUGUAUGGCUUCUUGCCAUGUUCAAACAGUAUUUUUGGCCAUCUGUUUCUGAUUUCGGUUUACGAGUACUUGUUGUUCCAUGGAGAAUCGUAUUUGGCUGACGGAGGUGAGCGGAUCUUCAAGAUUCUUGGUCCUGGGAUUUUCGGUGCAAGUGCCUUUCACAUCCUUAGUGCCCUCCCAGAGUCCUUAAUUCUUCUUGUCUCUGGACUUCUCAGCAGUAAGGAGAUUGCACAAGAGUAUGCUUUUACUGGAGUUGGCUUAUUGGCUGGAUCAUCCAUCUUGCUCUUGACAGUGGUAUGGGGAACCUGUGUUAUAACUGGGGCCCAACAAGUUAACAAUGAUUCGAGUCUUAGAAUCUGUGAUGAUUCUAAUUCAAUACCAACAAGACUAAAAUCAUAUUUGACUGGUUAUGGCAUUACUACAGAUUUGGAGACCAGCCACACUGCAAGAAUCAUGCUCGUCUCUGUCAUACCACUCAUAAUAAUGCAAUUCCCUAACUUGUUUCAACUCUCUUCUGGGCCAAGAACGGCGACUUUGAUAACUGCUCUCAUCAUUACUGCCAUUUUUCUGCUCUUGUACUUCACUUACCAGAUUUUUGAACCUUGGAUACAGAAAAGAAGAUUGGAAUAUGUGAAGCGAAAUCAUUUAAUAGUAAGAAUAUUACGACAUGUUGAGAAGAGUACCCUGGAGAGGAUCCUCACCAGGAAUGGAUCUCCAAAUAUAAGUGCCAUAAGAAGGCUAUUUAGAGAAGUGGAUCAAAAUGGAGACAGUGUUGUAUCAGCUUCUGAAGUAAAACAGAUCCUGCUUAAGAGCAAAUCAAGUGAAAGAAGUAUCAGUGAAGAGGAAAUAGAAGACAUGUUAAGAAUUUUUAACUUGGAUGAUGACGAAAAUAGAAUAACUAAGGAUGAAUUUGUGGCUGGCUUUAUAAAAUGGCUUGAACAAACCAAGUUUGCUUUGAAUAAACAAUAUAUGUCAAGGAAAUCACUCAAGGAGUUAUAUCAGGUUUUUGAGCCAUGGAUUGAGAAUAAAAGAAGAGAACAAGAAAGGAAGAAACAUAUCAUAUCUGAAAUCUUCAGGCAGAUUCAGAGCGAUUUGGUUGUCAGCCUCCUUACUGAAGAUGGCAAACCUGACGAAAUUGCUAUUAGAAGGUUAUUCGACAAGAUGGAUACCAAUAAAGAUAACUUCAUUUCCCGGCCUGAGUUAAGAAAACUACUCAAGGAGAGCAAUAUUGCUAAAGCAUCAAUAGAUGUGGAGGAAGCAGCUAAUAAAUUCAUUGAAGAGCUUGACGUUAACAGGGACCAUGUGAUUAGUGAGGAGGAAUUUGUUUCUGGGCUCAAAAAAUGGCUCAGCUCAUCAUCUCCCGGUCGUGUUCUUCUCUCAGAGUCAGAGUCACAAGAAGAUUUACUUCAGAUGUGGGAAGAGACAGACAUGGUGGUGGAAGAAAAUCAAAGCAAAGCAGUGAUUGAUAAAUCGGUAUGGGCAUGGCUGAAGGCAAUAAUAAAUGUAGUGGUGGGGAUUGCCAUGUUAUCGGUCCUUGCAGAGCCCUUGAUAGAAAGUGUACGCAGGUUUUCAGACGGUGCAGGAAUUAAUGCAUUCUUCAUCGCAUUUAUAUUGAUCCCAUUGGCCACAAAUGCUAAAAAAGCAAUUUCUGCAGUCAAAGAAGCAAGCCAUAAGAAGUCCAGAACUACUUCUCUUUCCAUUUCUGAGAUAUAUGGAGCGGUGUUCAUGAACAAUGUGCUGGGAUUCUUUGCGAUCUCAGUUCUGAUAUAUGCUAGAGGAAUCACAUGGGAAUUCUCAGCAGAAGCACUGGUUGUGGCUCUGGUUUGUAUUGUGGUGGGGCUUGCUGCCAGUUUUAACUCCACUUUUCCUAUAUGGUCUUCCUUCUCUGCGUAUCUCUUGUACCCAUUCUCUCUUGUCCUUGUUUUUCUCCUCAAACAUGUUCUUUCCUACACUUGAGCACAAUUUGGAGUGCACCUUU